AUGGCAGUGGGUGACCUCGGGGCGUCCGGAUAUAUGGCGCCAGAUGAUGGCGGCUGGGAUUUCGAGCCCGUGUCGUCGACCUUAGCUGCUCAACUAGCACCGCGUCUCUCGUCUCGAGGGGACCACGCGCAUAAUCUAAACAGGGAAACCUUCUCUCAACUCCGCAGGGAGCUGGUCGAAGGGAAAUAUAGCCAGCUCCAUCUGGACGAUAGCACCACCGAUGUCUGCAAGUUAAUCUGCAUCGUUCUGGAGGCUGGUCUGGAGCAUCGUGCUCAGGAUGCGAACCCCGAGUCAGAAGGCCAGAUAUUGGACUGUCUGGAUAUUAUCCGAAUCGCCGUCCAGAAGGCUCCUCGUGCGCUGACCGAGUGUCCCGAUCCUGAAUCCCUGGGUGUAAAUGCCCGGGCUCCUUUAUAUGCUUGGCUGGUAGUGCGACUGCUCCACUUGCUUAGUAUCUGGAACAGCGAUAUUGUUGCAGAGGCAAUCACUGAGCUUUUCUCGAGCCUAGUCUGUACGCAGCAAAGACACGCCAAGAUAUGGUCUGCUUGCUCCCCAGCGACGGGCCUUCUCCGGGCUUGCGCUACAGGUUUGUCAGGUCCCAGGUAUCAAAGGAAGUGCGGAGCUAAUGAAUUUCAGAGAUCCUCCACUGCAUGA